CAAGCGCAUCCACGGAGGCCCCCCUUGUCCCCUGAGGACGGCUGUUGCGCCUGCGCAUACAAUGUCACAAGAUGGCGGACAGUACGGAACUGAAGCAAAUGGUAAUGAGCCUUCGUGUUUCGGAGCUCCAAGUCUUGCUGGGGUUCGCCGGACGCAACAAGCAUGGGCGCAAACAUGAACUUUUGACAAAAGCUCUCCACCUCGUAAAGGCUGGUUGCAGUCCGGCCAUGCAGAUGAAGAUUAAAGAGCUCUACAGACGCCGAUUCCCCACCAAAAUGGUUUCGCCGGUGGACCUCGCAUUGCCCGGCGUCCAUUCUGCCUCCAGCCUCCCCGCAGGCCUCGCACAGCUUGGCUUUGACAGCCAUGGGUCGCCCUCACCUCUGUUGCCUGUUUCGCUGCUCGGGCCCAAGCAUGAGCUUAGUCUGCCUCACCUGCCCUCAUCCCUGCACCCCGUUCACCCCGACGUCAAACUACAGAGAUUGCCAUUCUACGACGUGCUCGAUGAGCUCAUUAAACCCACCAGUCUGACCUCCGACAACAGUCAGCGGUUCCAGGAAGCUUGUUACGCCUUUGCAUUAACGCCACUACAAGUUCAACAGAUCAGCAGCUCUAUGGACAUAUCUGGGACCAAGUGUGACUUUGCGGUUCAAGUCCAAUUAAGGUUUUGUUUAUCAGAGACUAGCUGUCCACAGGAGGACCAUUUCCCUCCAAAUCUGAGUGUGAAGGUGAAUGGAAAGCCCUGCAAUCUCCCUGGCUAUCUUCCUCCCACCAAAAAUGGAGUUGAACCAAAAAGACCAAGUCGCCCCAUAAACAUAACCUCCCUUGUGCGACUGUCCACUACAGUCCCCAACACAAUUAUUGUGUCAUGGACUUCAGAAAUUGGAAGGAGUUUUUCCAUGGCUGUUUAUUUAGUCAUGCAACAGUCCUCUGCGGUGUUGUUACAAAGGCUACGAGCCAGAGGAAUCAGGAAUCCAGACCACUCAAGAGCGCUGAUCAAAGAAAAAUUAACAGCUGAUCCAGAGAGCGAGAUUGCCACCACCAGUCUACGCGUGUCUCUUCUUUGUCCUCUUGGAAAAAUGAGGCUGACAAUCGCUUGCCGAGCGUUGACGUGCUCCCACCUCCAGUGCUUUGAUGCUACACUUUAUAUCCAAAUGAAUGAGAAAAAGCCCACAUGGGUGUGUCCAGUAUGUGACAAAAAGGCACCCUAUGAGCACCUAAUUAUUGAUGGGUUGUUCAUGGAAAUCCUGAACAGCUGUACUGACUGUGAUGAAAUCCAGUUCAAAGAGGAUGGAAGCUGGGCGCCCAUGAGGUCAAAAAAGGAGGUGCAGGAGGUGUCGGCCUCCUACUACGGCGUCGACAGCGAUGUGCCUAAAACGGAGAACCACGAGCAAAAACGAGGGUCGUCCAAUGACAACAGUAAGAAAGUGAAUGUGAUUGACCUGACACUGGACAGCUCUUCCGAUGAUGAGCUGUACGAUAAGCCUCCUCCUAAAAGGUCAUGUCCGUCAAUGUCACCUAUCUCUCCUCCUCCAACCAAGGGAGUACUUAACCUUCACAACCAGGCAUCACCGGUGACCAGAACCCCCAGCAUGCCCCCAAUAGAGACCAGUUAUAUUCCCCCUCCACCACCACUUAUUCAGGACUACCGACACUUUUAUCACUCAACUAGUGAGCUGCCAGAUCUAAAUUUCUUCUCCUUCCUCCAAGGCGACAAUCAGCAUUACAACAUGGUAAUGGCUGCCGCGGCGGCCGCAUCAGCCUCAGCCUCGGAGGACCCCGACCUACUGCUCAACCGCUUCCUCCCCUAUGGCUCCUCCCCCAUGCUGCGGGAGGCCACCGGCACCCCCUGCAGCAGCACGCUAGCAGCCACCAACGGAGGCAGCAACAGCGGCAGCACCAGCAGUUUGGUGUCUUCCAGCAGUCUGAGGGAUCGGGACAAAGACAGAGAGCGUGACAGAGACAGCAACGCCAUCUCGGGACUGUCGAGGUCCUCGGUGGAGGCUGCGGCGGCCAUUUACGGCUCCAUAUCUGACGUCAUUUCUCUUGAUUAGAUUCUGUCCCCCCAAAAAAACUGAUGCACAAGGGAGACGUUGAGGAGACGAGAAGAUGUUUGUAAAUACGGACGCAGGAGAUGAAAGAAUACAGUACUAUGUACAGAGAGGAAAAUCUAUUUUCAAUUUACUUAUCGUGUGUAUAUAAACUUGGGACGCUUCCUGUCCGGUGACUUACUUCAGUUAAUAUUUUCUGUGAAUACUGAAGGUUUUUUCACACCUCUUCAUGUGGCCCUUUGAUUAUAUUGUACCUUUUGUACUUGGUUUUUACUCUUUUGUUUUGAAAUAUUUCACGUCAAUGGCAUUAGUUAAUUAUAUGUGCACAGAACCCUCAUGACACGAGACCUUUAGGAACAUGAUAUUUAGCAUCAUGGGCAUUGUCAUAGAUGUUCGCAAGGCAAAAGAGGAAUCGGAAUUGCACAACUGUAAAAAGAUGUCUGGACAGCAGAAAGGUCUGGCCGUUGUUGUCAUCACUGUAGGGUUUUCGCUUAAGAAAUUCAUGCUGUGGUCACAUUUUUAAGGACUUAUUUAUGAUGUAACUUAUGUUGGAUGUAUACUGUUUUUAAAGAAGCAUUCCCUAUGCCUCUGAAUUGUUGCCACUAGAAAUGCAAAGCAGAUCCUUCUAUUGUCAUCACUUUCCUCUUGCUUGCCAUUUUAAGUCGGAUCAAUUCUUCUUAAAUAGCAUACAAUUGAAGCUAAGUAUAUAUAAUCAGUAUUGUAGGGAGAUUAUUCCUCUGUGAAUAAAUGGUUUGGUCCAGUGAGCAUCACAUGACAAGCUACUGUUUAUUUUCUCCUUUUUAAGGUCUUGCUAUAUUUUGGAUCAAGUCGAUGUCAGCAAAGAUGGAAAAGGUAGUUUGUGGUUAACUUUCAGGUGUAAUUGAAAUCUCUUAAAUAGAUGUGACGCAUUAGGACAUUUAAUUUUGCCGCUUGCUUUUUCCAUACACACAAACAAAGGGUUCACUUUGUGCGUCCUAUUUGUUAAAUGGGGUUUUUGCAUCAGCCCACGGGACAAAUGUGGCAUUCUGGAUUUUAGUCUAGAAGUCAAAACUAUUGAAGUCAUCAUGGACACCCUUUUUAUAUAUAUUUUUUUGACUUAACUCACAAUUACUAUUAUUUAUUAUCAUACAUGUUUUCUGCAUUUGUUUGAUUUGUGGUUAUGCAUUGCUGUCAUUGUAUGUGAUACUUAUUUUGUAAUUAUAUAAUGCUAUUUAAAAAAAAAAUGUCUGUUGCUCGACAUGCAUUGUAACAUUUUCAGUUUUUCCUGUCCGUUUUACCUAUCAGAUGAUGUCAAUAACUCAAUAGAGGCUUUGAGCAUUUUGAACUGCUAAAAGGUCUAUCUACUGUGCUGUUUGAUAUUUAUAAGAAUUAAACAGUAAAAUGUG